CUGUUUCCGGUUUCAGGUGCGUUCUAUUGUAACUAGCUAGGUUUGCACAUAACCAGUAUGCGACUUUUCCCCGUUUCGACGUUUAAGGUUUCCUAGACACUUAACUAAUGUCAUAUGAACACCUGUAAACUAUCCCAGUCGAUUUGUUGGAUGAUUGCACGACGUUAAGAUAAACGUUUGAAUUGUCAAGCGAACGAGAACAUUUUAUACGUGGUGGUCUUUGCUAACUAGGCGAGCCUCAAACUGUCUAAAAGAGACCAAGACCAAGAAGUGGAAAAGAGACUACACACAGUUAAAUUUGAAGAUGAAAUAUAUGUUCUGCUUUUCGUUAGGCUGAGGAACUCCAGAAAAACAUUCAUUGUCAAGAGUUGGAAGAUUUGCUUGUUGCAUUCCUCGACUAAACAAUAGUCUUUACCCUGCAAUGUUAGCUGGCCAUGUACUUCUAGAUAGAACCGUAACAUAUUAUACAUACUUGGCUAAGUAUAUUUCUGUAGACUAGGCCUACUAAACUAGCCAUUAGCUAAUGUCCGUAAUUCGUCCGGAUAUUAGGGAUUCUAAACUAUUUCUAUCACUUAAAAACCAAAGGUCAUCUUUUGGUAUGGUUUAUUUUUUUUUUGACGUUAGUGUUAUAAGAGUAAAAUUAGGUGAAGAAAGGUGAAAGUCUUGGGGGCGACAUGUAGCUAGUGAGUACCCUCAUUGGAAUUUUCCCUUAGGCGUUGGUGGUUGGUUUCGAUUUAACACCCAUCAGGUGUGUCAUGUGGUACACACUUUCCCUCUUAUCAUUCCCAGUGAUCUCACGGCAAGGAGAGUUAAUUUGACUUAUCUAAUGCAUUAUAGCUAGGCUAUAGUCUAACAAAACCUCCUACCAAUCUUAAAACGGAAAUAAAUAAUAUAAAGUUAAACCCAUUAUUGCGUUCUCAAUAACUCAUUGCAGUCUCUAAGUCCUUUAGUCCUUCUAAAAUCCAGACAGAAUUAAGGGCGCUAAACUAAGGGAACUGACAUGACAGCUGUAGUAGGAAGAGUUUGGGGGUGGGUGCGUCCAGUUAUCUCCUACCGGCCCUGGGGCAGCAAAGCAGGACCUGACAAAACCAUGAGGGACAAGCCAGUGACUGAAGAGCAGCAGACGAGAGGCAGCUGGGGCUUCUUGGGGGGGUUAACAACCUGGGUUUGGGGAGCCGGACAGAAAAGACAAACAAGUGAACAAACAACAUUGAUCGAAGAGUACCGGGAAGCAAGCGAGGAGAAAAUCCAGUCCAGGGAAGUUGAAGAGGUGGGUGCGGGAAAGCAGGAGGCUGAGGGGAAAGCAGAACAUGGUGACUCCAGAUGGUGGAAUAAGAUUCUGCCACCCUCACACUUAUUCUGGCCGAGAACAGCUGAACCUGGUGGGCUAAGUCAGAGGAAAUGUGUCGGUGCAGGAUGGGACUCUGACAAAGAUGGGGAGUAUUCUGACUAUGGAACCCCUCCACCUUCUCCCACACCUAGCUCCUCAUCAGCCUUCCGGUUCUUUGCACUCGCCUGGAAUGGGGUGAUAGUUCCGGAACACUAUGAGAUCUGCUUCAACCUCCUUCGUCACCUGUUUGACCUGUUGGUAGUGGGCUUCCUGUGGACUGUGUCCCCCCCUACCAAGUUGGUCCUGGAGGUUCUAGGGGUCCAAGGAGGACUGAAGUUGUGGCUCCAUGGAAUGGCCAUGUUUUCUGUCUCCACUGUUGGAAUGGCGGGACUGCUUUGGUUGGUCCAAGAGUAUCUUCUACAGUUUGCUCUGUUGUAUGGCAUCGUGCAAGCACUGGUCAUCUCUGUCAGCAUCCAGCAGAGUGUGAUCCUAGGAGAGGGGGAUGAGGAGUAUGAAAAGGAGGUGGAGGACGUGGAAGUGAGAGACGAUGAGGAAGUUACAGAGAUGUACUUGACUACAAAGGAAAGAUGAUCCUUGAAUGAAAGUUUGUUUUGACAAUCAUCUGACAUGGAGGGAAGAGGGAUGUUUCGAAAAGCCUGACAUGCAGGGAUUGAGGGAAGUUGUUUCGAGAGCCUACCAAUGCAAAGACGAAGACACAUGAAAAGAGCUGAGCCGAGCUGAUACUGCAAUGAGGAACGGCAGAGGCUGGAGUACUUUAGGCUAACACUUCACUACUGUGAUAUUCAGUGGCCCUGAAGCAAAGCACAUCCACUACAAUCUUGGUCAUCUAGGCCCAGUGAUACCACUGUUGUCAUCUAGGGCCCAGUGAUACCACUGUUGUCAUCUAGGGCCCAGUGAUACCACUGUUGUCGUCUAGGGCCCAGUGAUAUCACUUGUCGUCUAGGGCCCAGUGAUGCCACUUGUCGUCGUCUGGGGCCCAGUGAUACCACUGUCGUCGUCUGGGGCCCAGUGAUACCACUGUUGUCGUCUGGGGCCCAGUGAUACCACUGUUGUCGUCUAGGGCCCAGUGAUACCACUGUUGUCGUCUAGGGCCCAGUGAUACCACUGUUGUCGUCUGGGGCCCAGUGAUACCACUUGUCGUCUAGGGCCCAGUGAUACCACUUGUUGUCGUCUAGGGCCCAGUGAUACCACUUGUCGUCUAGGGCCCAGUGAUACCACUGUUGUCGUCUGGGGCCCAGUGAUACCACUUGUCGUCUUAACACAGUUCUAUUGUUACAGAAUCCUGUUUCCCUCUAGUUAGACUUCCUUUACAUUCAUUUUGUUUUGUUCAGACAAACUUUUGAAUAUCUACUUGACAGGUACCAGCACCUUUUUUUCCCCCCAGGUUUCUUUCAAAUCUUAUUCCAAGCAGAUUGUGUUGUUGUUAGUUUUGGGACAUAAGGUUUAUUUGCCUUGUAUUUAAUUUCCUGUGCCUUAAUAUUUAAUAGUAUGCCUUUAUUAUAUUAUCCCUGUCUUUCUCCAUCAUCAUAAUCAGUGUUAAUUGCAUUGUAAGUAAACUACACAUUGAACAUGUAUUUAUCUGUUUUGUCACACGUAUGUUCCUGUUUGAAAGGUACGCUACAGUCUUAGAAACUCAACCGUUUAAAAAAAUAAUAUAUAUAUUUAUCUUUAUAAUUGACCUUACAAUUGUCCAGUAGUAAGUUUUGCACAAUCACAUACAAACCAACAGUGAUGCUCAGGAACACUAAUUCUACCUGCAGGAUUUAUGUCUCGGCAUGUCACAAUCUGUAGUAGGCGUGUCUAAGAAGAGGAUUCUAACCAGUGGAGUCUGGUGGGAGGAGCUGUAGGAGGGCGGGCUCAUUGAAACGGAAUAAAUGGCACAUAUAGAAACCACGUUUGACUCCAUUCCGCAAUUCCAUUUCAGCCAUUACAAUGAGCCCGUCCUCCUAGAGCUCCUCCCACUGGUUCUCACCCACAAUGCCCCUGUAAUUCUAAAAGCUUUGAAGAACAUUUCUAGUUUCUACAAUGGCCUUUCCCAGAUAUUUUUGUAUUUGUAGCAUAACAUGCAGCUAUCACAUCUUCACAGUGAUGCAGAAAGUUAUAUGAUAUAUAUACUCGUUGUGUGCUGAUAAUGGGACCUGUAAACAGUGACACCACAUCAGUGAUUCCUCUCUGCCUUUUAUCUCUCGUGUUUAAAUGUCAUGUUUUGACUUGUUACUCCACGUGUUGUUUACAAAGAAAGAUGUAUUGUAAUGAGAAUGUGCAAUGUCCCCCCCCAAAAGACAUGUACUGGAUCACUGUGAAAAUGAUAAGGCAGCAACACUUCAACAUGAAAACCCCACUAGGGCCACGUUCAGUUGAUCAAACGUUGCAGAUAGAAAUGUGACUAAUAGAGCCGCCAAGGAAGGACUCCUUGUUCUACGUUUCAGAGAGGCGUGUUUGUUCUACAUGUAUUUGUAUCGUAGCGUUCCACGACGGGUCAUUCUGAAUGCAUCCCAUGUCAACGUUGUGUUUUGUAAAGGGAACGGAUGUGUAAAUGUAAACCACGUGUUGAGAAAAUAAACUUUGGGCCUGAUACUGUCCUAGAUGUCUAUACCCAUUACUGUACUGUAUACUGACUCAGCCUGAAAUAUUUCCACUGGGUAAAUAAAUAAAGAUGUGGCAUUUUU